AUGGCAUCGCCAAUGUUCUUUGAUCGAUUCCCAAACGACAUCCGGUAUCUGAUCUUCGAAGAACUCUACCAUACGUGCCGCCUGGAACACCGCCGGACGACCGCAUACGCGUCCGUAUGCUCGGAAUGGCAAACAUUCUUCGAGGAGAAGCAUUUCGAACGGCUUGCCGUGACGGGACCGCGAAUUUCACAGUUCGACGUGAUUGUAGUCAGAAAUAGGACGCAGCUGGUCAAGCAUAUUUGGCUAGAUGUGCAAUUCGAUCCUCUGAUGGACCCGCGGCGGCCACGGAGAUGUCAGUCACGCGAUGAAGAUAAGGCCUUCGCCUAUGCCAUUGGAACGCUGUUCGGCUCCAUGAGUAAAUGGGAAAAGGGGCCCAGGGCGAUUAAGUUUGGAGAUAUCGACCUCCUACCGGUCGCUCUCCAAGCUAUCGACCUACCACCGGUUACUCUUGGAUGA